AUGGUAAACAAGGAGUUCGGCGACUUUGACCACAGCAUAUCGGAUGAGGAAAGCAUGUCCAUCGAACAGGCUCGUGGAAACCGUAGCAACCGCAGCACCCCCAACAAAGUCAGCUCUCAAUUUGACAGUCUAUACAACAUGACGCCACCCACCAACCGUUCGCGCAAGUCGCUGCCAGCAGAUACUGGAAGUCUGCGACGCGACGCGGCAAUCCGACGCGCCUCGCGCAACGACUUCGACGCCGCAUCACCGCGCCCCGCCAGCAAGCGCAACUCCCCAGCCAUGCACGGAAAGGGUGAUCGCAGCCGCACUUCGCUUUCUCAGUUACAUGCAAAGCUGUCGGAAGAUGAGUCAUCGUUCAUGGACCAGCGCCCGCCGACAUUGACCAUGGACUCGACCAAGAACACACGCUGGGGUAACAGGAGCCGGCAGACUUCCCUCCAGACUGAUGGCCAUGUCGACGCGCCGUCAUACGCGAAGGCUACACCUCGUUCAAGGCCAGCCACAGCCCAGAACGCAACCGCGCAAUCUUUUAUCCUGCCCGAUCUUCCCAAUCUCACCGAAUUGGUUUCCGGUGUAUUCGGCGACGGCACUCCCGUCUUCUCCAGGACGUCCAAAUCACGCUUCGCCCAGCCGCCAUACGGUGGCCGCCGACCAUCGCACAUUCCAAUCAAGGAUGUCCCCACUCCCGACGAAGAAAAGGCCAUCUACUCUGCACUUCAGCAGCUCCAGGAGAAGGUUGCACAAAUGGAACAGGAACGUGCGGAGCAAGAGAAGAAGAUUGAAGAGCAGGAUUUGGAGUUGAUUGAGCUGAGAGCGACAGCGCAAGCUCAUGAGAAGUUGCGCCGCAGUGACAGCGCACAAGACUCGGACGCCACCGCUAAGAGUGGCUGGAAGGUCGAGAAGACGCGCACUGACGCUACAUUACAAACCCUCCGAACGAAACUCGAUCGCGCCGACCGCAAGUCUGCUGUACUGGAAAUCGAGAAGAAGCGCCUAAGCACUGAGCGGGACAACCUGGCCGCCCAGCUUCGGAUUGCCUUCCAAACUUGUGAGGAAGUGAAGAGCGAGAGGACUGCCUUGAGCAACGAGAACGAGGAACUCCGCGACGAGAUUGAGACUCUUCGCGCAGAGAACGAGUCGCUUCGUGAGCAGCUCGAGCAGGAUCAGUCCCAACACCGCCAAGAGAUACGCGUCCAACAAGACGAGAACACCCAGCAGCUCACUCGUAAGGAUUUUGAACUGCAACAGGCGCGUCAAGAUCAGGCUCAGUACGCUCGUUUGAAGUCUGAACACGAUUUGCUCAGGGCUCAAAUCGCAGAGCUGAAGGCAAAGCGUGAGGUGGAUGUCAAACGCUGGUCCAAGAAAGAGGCUACUCUGCGUGCCCAGGUUGAUCGACGCGAUGACACCAUCCAAGGGUUCAGAGAACGAUAUCAGAACAAGGCAAGCGAGGCUAUGCUCCAAGACAAUGAGAACCUCCGCAACGAGCUUCAAGAGCUUCAGGCACAGCUAGACGCAGACAGCCAGGAAUGGGCAGAGAAGGAGGCUGAAUUACAGCGAAAGAUCCGAAAGGGUGAUGUUCGAAAGGCUCGGGACGUGAACGACCGCAAUUUCGAUGAUACCACUGCACCUACUACUAGGAGUACAGUGACAGAACGCGUCUUCGAAGAGCCUCUACAACGCAGGCCAAGCUAUCGCCGAGAGGAUACCCGCACGCGCACUAGGAACCCCGUCCAGCAAGAGGUCCGUAACAGCAGGGCUGCGAAUGCAUCCAACCAGGAGAGCCGCGUGGAGGAAAGCCCCCGAAAGUCAUACACUGGUCAUUCGAGGUUUUCUCAACGAAGUGUCUCUGCGCCUAUUAAAGCUGACAAGCACGCUACUGCGGAGACUGAGGUAGAGUCCACGACCGAUCUGUCUCUCGCGCCUCGUUCAACUAUUCGCAUUUCCCGCAAUCCUUCUAGGCAGACAACAACCAACAUUCAGCCCCCCGAGGAUCUCGAUAUCACCGAGCUGAGCUACAUCAAGAAGGAUGACAUUGCCCGACUUCGACGUAGUCUGGAGGAGGAGCGAGCUGCUCGUCUUCGCGCAACAUCUGCUCAAGCAGAUGAGCCCAUUCGUGACGAUACCAUUCGAUCUCAACGCCAGGCCCGGGAAGAUACAGUUCGGUCAGUUGCUUCCGCCAAGAGCGAACGCCGACCUUCUCUUGUACGCAAGUCGUCGCUCAAGGACACUACACAGCGCACCAAUGCCACCCAAUUCGAGGAAGACACUGGUAACAUGUCGAACCUUGACGCGGACACGGAGGCUACUCAAACAAAGCAGUCUGGUAUCGACGCAUCGAGCAUGAGCAACACAGGUCGGAGACGGCGCAGUGCCCCUACUGAGAUGACGUCUGCAUUCAUCGUCCCCGAUAUCAAGCUCAACUCUGCCAAGUCGCCUACUACGGCUACUUCAUGCAAGCCAAUCAGCAAGGACCACGACAAUGUGAACUGCACUGUCUGCCGCCGUGAAGGCUACACCACAUCCACCGAGCCAUUGCGUGUUCCCAAGCUCGUUCGGGUAUCCGUGCGCACGGCAGACGACGUAGACGCUACUCUCCGCCCAGCCCAAUCACCCAAGGAGGCCCUGGCCCUUGUAGUGAAGGAGCUCAAAGAUGAGCGUGUCCACCUGCACACCGAGCUCGCCGUCCACCGUGCCAUGCUCGAACACCACGAUCCCAGUCUUGGCGACCGCCGCCGCCGCGAACUCAACGCUGCCAUCCAAGAUAUGCUCCGUAGAAUCGAACUACUCGACCGCCAAAUCUACCGCCUCUACGAUGUCCUCGAGGGCCAGCAGGUCGACGAUAUGACUGAGCAGGAUAUCGAAGACAUCACCGAGCAGAUCCGUGCCGAGGAACAAGAAGAAGUUGAAGCCAAGACGCAGCAGCAGCAACCUGAGAAGAAAGCAGCGAAAAAGGUCACUAUUCGCAGCUUUGUAGAUGAAGACGAUCAUAGUGUUGAAGUUGUGCGUAGGACGUCUACAAGCCAACAGGAUAAGAACCACGGUCUUGUUCAUCAUGAUGAUGAUGAUGAUGAGGACGACGAGGAUUUGCCAUGGGAGGGGUUUGAGGAUGAUGAUUUGGAGGGCGAUGUUAGCUUUAAUGCGCUCGCCGGUUGGAAGUUGAGUGCUCGUUGA